AUGAUUAUAAUUGAGCUUGAAGGAGGGCAAAGACGCAGACGCUCUGGUUAUGUAUUAGACUCCUUUCUGUCUCUUGGUGCCAAGUGUCAUCGAGAUGACUAUUCUCUGAAACGAGCUGCUUUUGAGUAUGUUGUCAAGAAUCGAAAGAGUAUCAUGGAGUCGACUGUGUUUGUCGACUGGGUAAAGGGAGACGAUACGUCUCUGCUGAAGAUGGAGAUUUUGGAGGCUUUUAGGAGGAAUAUGUAG